AAACGUCUACAAGGAAGCGAUGCACUUCAACCGACUUCAACACACCAUAACAAUGAGCAACUCGGUGUUUUCGUACGAGAAUUUGGUCCAUGCUGUAUCAGGAGCAGUGGGAAGUGUGACUGCCAUGACAGUGUUCUUCCCUCUUGAUACUGCCAGACUGAGGCUGCAAGUGGAUGACAACAGGAAGGCCAAAUCAACGCCAGCCAUUCUGGCAGAUAUUAUCAGAGAGGAAGGACUACUGGCUCCGUACAGAGGCUGGUUCCCGGUGAUCUGCAGCCUGUGCUGCUCCAACUUUGUCUAUUUCUACUGCUUCCACAGCCUGAAGGCUAGCUGGCUGAAGGGAAGGCCGUCGGCACCAAGCAAUGACCUAAUGAUAGGCAUCGCUGCAGGUGUUGUAAACGUACUGGUCACGACUCCUCUGUGGGUUGUCAACACCAGACUGAAGCUUCAGGGAUCAAAGUUUCGCAACGCAGACAUACGGCCCACCAACUACUCUGGCAUUCUGGAUGCGUUUGCACAGAUCAUCCGAGAUGAGGGAGGGGGAGCGCUGUGGAACGGGACCUUCCCCUCGCUGCUGCUGGUGAUGAACCCCGCCAUCCAGUUCAUGAUCUACGAGGGUCUGAAGAGGCAGCUGAGGAGAGGGGUUCCCAGGGAGCUGUCAUCUGUUGAGGUCUUCCUCAUCGGAGCUGUUGCUAAAGCAGCUGCCACCAUUGUGACCUACCCACUGCAGACCAUACAGUCCAUUCUCAGGUUUGGUCAGUUCAACGAGUCGACGGGCGAGUCAAAACUACUGGCAAGUCUACGGACUAUCAAGUGUCUGUUGAUCAACAGAGUGAGGAAGUUUGGCAUGGUGGGUCUGUUCAAAGGCCUGGAGGCCAAGCUGCUGCAGACGGUGCUGACGGCUGCCCUCAUGUUCCUUCUCUAUGAGAAGAUCGCCAGCAGAACCUUCAAAAUGAUGGGACUGAGCAGAAACCACUACAAGAAACACUAGAUAUCUAUAUGGACUUUAACUUUAUGAAAGCACCGACAGUCUGUCACAGCUCCCAGACUCUGUGUGUGUGAUGGGGAGUUCCUCUCUGAUCGGACGUUUUUGAAUGACAUGAAGAAGUUAAGAGAUUAAAAAUAACUUGAGAUUUUAAAGAUGCACCUCCUGUCUUUUUGUCAAAUUCGGUUGACCUAGAAAAUAUGAACUUAAAUCGUAGCAUACAGAAUUGAAAAGAGGGGAAACAGAACCCUAACUUGAUUCAAGGUAUGAGAAUUAAGUAUUUGUUGUUGCAGACAAGAUGUUAAAUUGAAUAAGUUUCGCAGAUCAUGCAGGUAAGUCAAAAUAAGUUAACAUUAACAGUCAUUUCACACCGGACACAAAUAGAAAGUCCUUUUUGUCUGGCCUUGAAUAAGAAACAAGGAAGUCAGACAAACAGGUUUUUUUGGAUCGUUAUUACGUUGUCCCAUUACAUGUCAUCAGUUUCUCGCUUAGCCUGUUUUUGUGCAUGCAGGACAAGUGUUUCAAAAGAGACAUCUUACAGGUGGUUUGAAUUGCCUUUAUAAAAGAUACAUGAUACUCAAUAUGACACUAAUAUUUGAGGAUGUAGUAAUUGAUAAUUCAUGCAAUAUGGAUGUAACGAUACCAAAAACUCACGGUACGAUAAUAUCGCAAUAAAA